AUGAUCACCUUGACCUUUACUCCAAAGGCAGCGCUUAAGUACCGUUGCGUGGCGUACUGCUCGGUCGUCGGACAGGAGGAGCGGCUGCCAUUGCUCCUCUCUGGCCAGGGCAUCGGGCCAAAGGCGGCGUUCUCGUGGGAGGAUCAACCGAUCGACGAGAUAUUCGUAGAGUCCGCGCACCAGUACACGGUCGACCUCAUCAACCAGGGGGAUAUCGCAGUGACUUUUAAGUUGGUGCCCAACAAUUCGCAGUUCGGCUCCAAGUUCCAUUUCUCGCCCAGCGAGGGACGCCUGGAGGUGGGUGAGAAAUGCGAAAUCACUAUAGACUUCGUGCCAGACCUCCUCGGACACUUCCAGGAAACCUUCCGUUGGGACCUGGUCGGCAGCGCCGCUUCGUUGGCCCUGACCUUCACGGGCAAGUCUGUGCCGCCGACGUUCACCUUCGACGUGGACCGCAUCGCCUUCGGGGUGGUGAGCUACGGCUACUUGAACUCCAAGACGCUGACGCUCACCAACACCUCGGAGGUGCCCAUGCGGUUCGCGCUGAGAAUCCCAGGUGAUGGCCGCUUCGCGCAGAAGGAGUUCGAUGUAAUCCCGCCACGUGGCAUGCUGUAUCCCAAUUGCUCUCAGAAGGUGCAGCUGGACUUCAUCAGCGUGAACAUCAAAACAUACGACCUUGCCCUGGUCAUGGACCUGGACGGCGUGGGCCAGGAACUCGCAAGUAUCCCCAUCCAGGCCCGCUGCGCUGUUCCAAUGGUGAAGCUGGACCCCCCAGAGCAGCUGCAGUUCGGGGACAUUUUCAUCAGGUACCCGUCGAACCAGACAAUCUCCCUCAGCAACACGUCCGCUCUCCCUGCGAAGUUCCAAAUUCUUCCGCAAGACGAGGUUCACAGCGCGUACGCGACGAUACAGCCAGACCAAGCCUUCGGGUCCGUCCCACCGGCUUCGUCUCACGUGAUAACUCUGACGUUGACCGCGCACAAGAUCGGGCAGUUGCAGUUCCCUAUCUUCGUCCGCAUGCUGGGGCACGCCUCGCCGUAUCAGUUGAUGGUUGUCGCGAAUUCCACCGGCCCCAUCGUGACUGUGGAGCCCCCGGUCUUGGAUUUUGGCAGCGCGAAGUGCUUGGAGCCGGUCACGAGGCAGGUGAAGAUCACGAAUGCUUGCGUGAUCGACGCCCAGAUUAAGGCGUUGAUGAAGUUGAAGAACUCGCUUUGGACGGUGUCUCCGAAGGAUCUUUUGCUGAAGCCAUUCGAGUCCGUCACAGCUGCCCUGACUCUGACCUGCGACGAGGCGGCGAAGGUGAGCGACACGCUGUAUCUCGUUGUGAACGAGGGGAAGGACGUCUCAGUGUCUGUCAAGGCCCAGGGGGUGGCCUCGCCAGUGACGUGCAAGGAGCGGCUGGAUGAAAUAGACUUCGGAACCCAGUACACCACGCAGACGAUCACGCGGGAGUUUCUGAUCGAGAAUCGCGGGACGAGGCAGCGGAAGCUCGUGUGGAGCCAUGAGGCCGAGAAAAUUGUCACGAAGAACGCGCCUGAUCCCAUACAGAUCUUCAACGUCAGCCCCAUGACCCUGCUUAUGGACGGCAAGACGGCCUACAAGUACGAGUUCACUGCAGUGGCCCACAAGCAAGGCCUCGCCCAGGAGACCCUUGUGUGCCAUGAGUACAUCGGCAACGAUCGCAAGGGGAAGGUGUGUUUCCGGUGCGCGUUGAAGGGCAAUUUUGUGUCGCCUUUGCUAACGUUGUCGGCCACCACCCUAAACUUCAAAUAUUUGUGGUCCAAAGGCACCCCUCCUGCGCCGAUGUCGCAGAAGCUCAGGCUCACCAACGUCUCCCUCCUAGACGUCGAGUUCACCGUCAAGGUGGCCGCUCCCUUCAAGGCGGGCUCCGAACUUGUUUCUCUGAAGCCCAACGAGACGACCGAGGUUCAUGUGGAGUUCGACCCUGGCUUCAAGGUAGAUCGGCAAAGCAGUACAGUGAAGCAGAAAUUGAUCAUAGUCUAUCAGGACCACCCACAAAAGGACACAGUACAUUUAGUCGGAGAGGUGGCGUUCCCGAACGUGGUUCUGAGCCUAGACAAAUUGGACUUCGGGGCGGUCCUAAACGACACCACUAAGCAGCUCAGCAUCACCAUGUCGAACCCGCACGUGCUCCCCGUGUCGUACCACUGGAUGUUCGUAGAGGAUCAAGAGAUGGCGCCGAUGUCGAGCACGGGGCAGUCGGAAAUGCCCGUGUCCAUGUCGAGGACAUCCAAGGCGCCAUUCGACUCGCGCAGCCAUCUGACGACGACUGAUCUCGGCGCACCGCAGGUGACCCUCGACAUGGUCCGCAGGACCACCAGCAAGACGACGACGACUCUGCAGGACCGGCAUGAGCUCCUCGACGAAGGCAGUACGUUAUCCCGCCGCAUGUCGCAAGCAAGUGCCGCUCCCCAGUGGCAGCGGCCCAGCGCGCCCCCGCGUCCAGAGGUCGACAUCAACCAGAUUUUCGAUAUCCUGCCCAUCAUGGGCACGCUAGAGCCAGGGGCCUCCCAGACGACCACCUUCACAUAUUUCGGCCUCGGCGACCGAAAGUUCAGUGCCACCGCUUUGUGCCAGGCGGAGGGUGGGCCCGAAUACGAAGUGCGCCUCCGGGGCCAGGCGUCAAGGCUGGAGUUCAAGCUGGACAAGACGGAUCUCGACUUCGGCGAGCUACCCUACAGCCAGGUGUCCGAGAAAGAGGUGUACCUCAGCAACACUGGCAAGGUGGCCUACUACUUCAGCUGGAACCUGACCGGUCUGUCGAGGAACUCGGUGCUCGACAUAAGCCCAGCGUCUGGGCUGAUCAACCCAAAGGAGGGCCAGAAGAUGACCGUUCGCUUCCGUUGCGGCAUCCCUGACGAGGUCUGUGAACAGGCCCUUUUGGAAGUGGCCCACUUCGAGCCCACGAGGUUCACUGUGCGUGGGCGGGGCGUCUUCCCAGGGGUGUUGCUCUCCACACCGCUCGUCGACGGCGUUGGGCAGGAGAAGCUGCCGCGCUUCGACAGCGAGGAGCACGAGGUCCGGCGCGCCGAGGCGCUCGAGAGGCUGCGGGCGCAAGCCUUGUCAGGGAACUGUGCGGCUCUGCGGCAGGGCGACAAGCCAGACUCCCAGACGCAGAAGCAGAGGAAGAAGAACGCGCAGCGCCCUGCGCUCGACGCCCCGGAGCCAACGGAGGAGGAGGUGGAGUCGGAGGCAGACAGGAGGUACCUCUGCCAGGUGCUCUUGGAGAAGGAGCGCGAGGUGGUGAGCAGGAGGACCGCCUCGAAGGACGUCGCGACCAAGAGGAGGGCCGACUCGAAAGACGCUGCUGGCGCCAGCAUGGCGUCGGCCAGACCCGUGUUUGGCACGCAGACCACCAAGAGCGUCCCGAGGAGCAUGGCAGAAUUGCCCACGCUCACCGCAGCGUACUACACGUGUGACUUUGGCCACCUGGUGCUCGGGCAGUCGGGUCGGAGGGUGGUGUGCGCGCUGAACUGUUACAGCGAGCCCAUCAGCUUCACGAUCAAUAAGAAGCUGCUCGCGAGCCAGGGCUUCACGAUCUCGCCCGAGAAGGUCAAGAGGCUUCCACCUGGCCGGACCCAGAAGAUGGAGGUGAUCUGCUUCCGCUCCAAGGGCGACGACGAGGGCGUCCAGGAGCUCGACUGGGCGAUCCCAAUCAAGGGCGGCCCCUGCUACGAGGUGAAGCUCCGCGCGCACUUCGUGCUUCCAGAAGUGACGCUUUCCUCGGAGGAGGUGGACUUCGGCAGGGUUCUUGUGGGCCAGGUCAAGCGCAUGUGUGUCAGGCUGAGGAACACCAAAACGGUACCUGUGGAGUGGGAGUACAAGAUCCCGAAAAACAAGUUCGGCAAGCCUCUCCCACCUUGGGAGACACCUUACACCCUGGCGCCAGCCUCGGGCAAGAUGCAGCCUGGUGGUACGCAAUUUGUCACCAUCGCUUUCAUGCCAAGCUCCUCACAACUCUUUCACCAAAAGCUUCCGCUCAAGAUCUCUGACAAUCCGAACACGAAGCUUAUCUCGCUGCGUGGCCACGGCGAUUCACUGCAUGUAGAAGUAGAGCCCUCUGAGAAGUUUCAGUUGGGACCAGUGCUUCCUGGCGAUGACGAGUGCACUCGUGAGUUCUUCCUGCACAACCCCACAGACUACCCGAUCGAGGUCUACUGCGUCGAUUUCGACCAGAAGUUCGCCGAGGAGGAAGAAAUGCUCAAUCUCUACGACCAGUACAACUCUUACAACAUGGUCGAGCUACCGCUGCGCGAGCCGGGCUCUGGCACCUGGUCCGCUGUGGUGAAGUACGCCACCAAACGCCAGCGCCAGAAAGAACGCGAGAGGCUCCAGGCGGAGCGCGAGAAGGAGCGCAAGCGGCUGCGGACGGAGGCGCAGGCGCUGAACCAGGUCCACGGCGACCAGCAAGAAGGGGAUCAGCCCAACGACACGGAGGCCGACGAAGAGAAGGCGGAGGAGGAGGAGGAGGAGGAGGAGGAGGUUGACGACGAGGCCCUCGAUGAGGUUGCGCCAGAGGAGCAAGAGAUGGACCCCGCGGACUUUCCCCUGCGCGUACCGACGGGAGACCGGCUAAACGUCAUCCUCGUCGGCCCCCCGCUCAGUGGUAAGACCGUUGCCGCUCAAGCCUUGGCGGCCAAGGAUGGACGGAAAGUCUUGAGCAUUGACGAGGUUGUCGAUUGGGCGAGAUCUGGCCCAGCGUCCCUGAACAGUCAGGAGGACAAAGACCUUACACUCAAGUUGGCGGGGAUCAUGGCCAGGGACGAGGAACUGCACGAGCAGGCCGAGCAGCAACGCGAGAAGGAUUGCAAGAAGGCGAAGACCCCGUUCGUAAAGCAGCCGGUGCAGAAUUAUUCGUUCCCCGUGGAGGACGUGGCGUGGCUUAUCAAGAAGAGAGCUGCUCUGCCAGACUGCAAUUGUGGGGUCGUCUUCGACGGGUUUGAUUCCAAGUACCUACCUUCCAUCGAGGCCUCGGUCGAGGCCGUGCUGACUGCGUUAUCCGAGAAGCUGGUCGUGGUCGGGAUUGGGCUAGACUGCCUGGGCUUCAGCGAGCGGGCGCCUCUGGGGGUGAACGACCCUGCGCUGGGAGCACUUGCGCAGGACGGCCCCGAGACGGAAGAGGCGUUGCAGAGGAUGGCGGCCGCAGUCAGGGGCCACCUCCCCGCGGUGAAGGAGCAAUUGCAGGGGCGCCAGAAGGACUUGGAGGGACAGUUGCAGCUGGCACGGGACUCUCUGGCGGCCUUGGGUGAUCCUCCUCCUCCUGCCGGGCAGGAGGGCGGACCGGCGCCAGCGCAGCCCUGUGAGGGGGUCCCGGCGGAGGACCAGGCCCACCAGGAGUCUGGGAUUGAUGCGCAGCGGGAAGCUCAGGAGAAGCUCGUGACACGCCUGACGGCUGACAUGGGGGACGUCAGCGCGCGUUUGGCCCAGUUGACAGUCUUGGCGGAGAAGAAACAGGAGGGCGAGCUCGCCUCGAAGGUCCUUACCGCGGUACUAGCGCUCGACAAGUUGGCUGUGAAGGCGAACGAGGACAUCAAGGCCGCGGCGUUGGAGGCGGCGCCCCCAGCCAGGUCGCCCAGGUCGUCGCCCAAGUUCAGCCCCCCUGGCAGGCAGGAAGAGUCGAGGCCAGUGUCAGCGGAGCCCUCCUCGGUGAUGUUGGUGCCCGUCGCGAUGAGCUCGGAGGGCUUCUUCGAAGUCCUGAAGGCUGACAUCCAAGCAGCAGUUCCCGCGCCCAUCAUACCAGCGGAGCCCCCGCUACCGACGCCUUCGCUCGCGCAGGUCGUGAGUCGGCCGCAGGCGCGACCCCGACGGGUCCCGCCAGAGAACUUCCAGAUCAUAACCCCGCCAGAUGACGAUGAGCCCCCGCCACAGGAGUUCCUGACCCCCACCGACAAGGACGGCAAGAAGCCUGGCAAGCCCGGUUCCGCACAAACUGCGGCUUCGGCUGCAGAGGCGCGCCCCGAGUCGAAACCGAGCCCCACGCGGUGGCUGUUGCAGCCCCACGAGCGGAGGCGGCUGCUGCUCAAGUUCUUCUCGCAGGAGGUCGGCACAUUCACACACACCUUGGCGUUCGAGGUGGUGGGCGGCACCCGUGGGAAAUCCCCUGUCUCGUUGGCGGCGACUGGCGUGACCGACUACCCUAAGAUAAGCGGCGAUCCGCGCAACGUGUUCAUGCGUCGGGUCAAGACCAAGCCUCCCAGCGGCUACGCAAACAAGCAGUACAUUGCGUCCUUGGGGGUGUACGACUUCGGGCCGCUGCUCGCGGGCCGCGAUCGCAACUGUCACCAGCUCCCAGAGCAGGUGGAGGGGAAGCCUCGUGCAAAGCUUGAGAAGAGCGUGGAGCGCCAUAUCGAGACGCUCCGCGUCACCAACAACUCCCUGUUCAAGGCCAAGGUGCGCUUCAGCUUCAGCGGGCCCGACGGCUCUGCGGUUGGGGAGCCAGCCCGGGCGACCCCCGUGGAGCCAAAGGCCAAGGCGAAGGGCGCCGCGGCAAAGGAGCCGAAGAAGAGCGACAUUGCCGACAAGGCCAAGGAGUCUGUAUUCAGCAUCGAGCCGCAGGAUAUGGAGCUCGACAUUGACGAGACCCGGGAGGUCAAGCUCUGCUGCUUCCCCGCGGUCGAAGGCAGCUUUUCCGACACGCUAGUGGCCACCGUGGAGAACAACCCAGUGCCAGUCGAGUUCGCCAUUUGCGCCAUCGGCGCCGUGCCGAAGGUGAACUUGGACACCAAUGAGGUAGAUUUUGACCGCCUCCUGUUGAAGCAGAAGGCCACAGAGUCGCUGAAGCUGGCCAACGUGUGCGCAGUGCCUGUGAAAUGGAGGCUAAAGGAACCCGCUAAUGGAUUGCCGCUGCAGUUCGACGUGGAGCCAAUGGAGGGCACGCUAGCCGUCGCUGAGGAGCAGACAAUCUCCGUGACAUUCCAGCCAGAGGAUUCGCAGUCCCACAAUUUCUUAUUAAAGUUGCAGAUCGGCGAUGUGGAAGAUCUCAAGCCCCUGGAGGACACCCACGACAUCAAGGUGGCUGGUGAGGGUUACCAGGUCGACGUCGUGCCAGAGAUUCCUGGUGAGGGAUGCGGGCUCGAUUUCGAUGCCGUGCGCGUGGGCAGUGCAGAGGAGCGGACUUUCAAUGUGGUGAACAACGGGAAGUACCCAGUCAGGUAUGAGGUCAAGGUUCCAGAACGCCGGAAGGCACUCCGCGAUAUGCUCGAGAUCGAGACCGCCGUCAACGAGGACGGCGUGGCGCUCCUAGAGCCAGGUCAGAAGAAACAGGUCAAGGUGAAGUUCAUGCCUUUGCAGGAGAUGCAGUGUCCAGACCCACGCAGGCCUGGGAGAAAAGAGGAGCUCGAGCUGCUCGUUUUCGAGGCGAAGUCAGGCGAGCCCGUGCAGCUCGAGAGAGUGCCCAUCGCGCUCACCUUCCAGGCUCUUUACAACUCGUUCUCCAUCACGCCGCCGCGGGGGCUGAACUUUGGACCGGUCAGGACGGGCGCCGUCGGCCAGCGAGAGUUUGAGAUCCACAACGACGGCAUUUUCAAGCUAGACUGGUCACUGUUCGAUUCGGCCAACCCGCCCAAUUUCGCGGAGAUGGGCGAUCAGCAGGCCGCCGCGACCGCCUCCACGCAGGUGGCCUCGGCAAAGGGCGGCAAGGCGGACAAGGGGGCGCUUCCUACGGAGAAGACGCUGACCAUCGGCCCCUUCAGGAUGACGCCCUUGUGCGGCGAGCUGAAGCCAAAGGAGUCUGCAAAAAUCAGGGUGGACUUCACGGCCAGCGAGGACAAGCAUUUCGACUGCAAGAUCGGCAUUCAUGUCGAUGGCAUGCCUGACCGGCCGCCUGCAUCUGGGCAGAAGACCAAGAAUGUGGAACCCGCUGGGCAGACCCGGCAAUCCUUCUUCAACGCCACCGUGGGCGGCUUCGGUGCCGUCGGCGCAGAGGUUGGAUUCAGGGAGUACCUCCUGACAGGGCAGAGCUGCACUCCCGGCAUUGAGACUGACAAUGUCCAGUCAAUCUUCGAGGAGCAGUUCGUAGCGCGCAGCCUCGAGGAUGCCAUCGCCACAUCUGGGCGCGUUGACAUCCGUGCCUUCUGCGAGGAGGACCGCUUCUUCUCCUUCGGGCCAGUGGUGGUGACGCAGGGCUCUAGCUCAGGAAGCGACUCUCUCGAAUCGGCGAAAUUCCGCAUCUCUAACCCCAAGGCGAUCCCUUGCGACGUCAAGUUCGAGAUCAAGCCGCGAGGGACCCCCGGCAAGGACCAGGCCUUCCCUUUCGACCUGUCCACGAACGAGCUGCACAUCCCACCGCACGAGUACAGGUACAUCAAGGUUCGUUUCCGGCCGACAGCCCUGCAGAGCUUCGUAGGCAAUUUCAAAGCGGAGGUCGUGGAUGGCAGGGAUCCAGGCACGAACUCCCUCUCGUUCGAGGUCCGUGGCGAAGGCACCGUGCCCACCAUCUCGCUGGGCGGUCCGCCCCUGUCCGGCGACACAGGGAGCGAGCUGCAUGUUGGCAGGCUGCAAGCGGGGAAGACCCAUUCGGUCGACUUCGUGCUCACGAACGACGGGGUCAUCCCAGCCACUGCACGCUGCGACUACCCGUCCUCGGCACACUUCACCGUGGGCUGCCCGCGCACUCUGACGCUGGAGCCGAAGGCGCAGCACCCCUUCCAGGUCCACUUCCAUCCAACCGAGGCGGGCAAUUUCAAGAUCCCACUCCGCCUGAGCACUCUUCACAAUCCAUACGAGGACCGCACGAUUAACGUGGAGUUCUCUGGCUGCAAGGACGCUGUCGCUUGGGAGCUGCCCGAUGCAGCCGCGCAGAUGGUGAGGUCUUUCGCGGCGCCGGCCUACGACCAAGUCAACCUGGGUGCCGUGCCGCUCGGCGGAGAGGCCACCGUAAUGUUCUCCAUCAUGAACACUUCGAAGGACACAAUUCGCUUCCAGUUCCCCGAGAAGCUACCAGCGCCCUUUUCAAGCGGUGGCCUACUCGCGUCGCCAUCGGUCGGACACGUGCUGCCUGGCGCGAGCAAGCCGAUCACGUUCGUUUUCCGCCCCACUGAAAAGCUUAGUGCCCAGGGGCUGCAGGUGCCGGUCUCGAUCGCUUCCAUCAAGCACGACGGGGAACCAGAAGAUUGGGACGACUCCAUGCGCGUCGUGUCUUUCGGCGAUCCGGACGCCGUCCCUGGUAACGAGAGCAUGGACCACCUCGAGGAGACGGUUCCAGAAGAGCCGCCGCAUCAUAUGAUUAGCGGCUCUCAGCACCCGCUUCCUAUCCACGUCACUGCAAUGGCGGAUGCUCAUGCUUACGAGUGCAGCACGCAGAUGGCCCACUUCAGCGCGACCGUGCUCUUCCAGAGGCGGGUACAUCGGUUCCACGUGAAGAAUCCCUCGACGAUACCCCUGCCGUUCGAUUGGCGCGUAGUCGGUGGAGACGGGAGCAGGGCGUAUUCCGUCGAGCCAGCGAAGGGGUCCAUCGCGGGCGGCACCACGCAGGAGUUCGCGCUGCGAUUCGCGCCCACGGAAGUGGAAGACUUUGCCUGCCAGCUGGAGUGUCAGAUCCCCCAUCUGAGCGCCGGGCUCCCGCCCUUGGCGGUCGCGCUGUCGGGCUCCGCGCUGCGGCCGUGGUGCCACUUCGAGCUGCCAGAGAGCAGCUACCGCAGCCGGCGGCGGUCAGACGUGCCACUGGACCCGAAGUACAGCAUCAUCGAGUUCGAGUCAUUAGGCACCCAUGUUAAGAAUACGAAGAGAUUCUACGUGUGCAACCCCACCUCUGAGCAAUACGAGUUUGCAUGGCGACCAGAGGAGUUUGAGAAAAAGGGUGACCAGGAUGACUGUUUCCGGUGCCUCUCCAAGCGCGGCACGGUCUUGCCAGGGAAAAAGCACGAGAUCAUUUUCGAAUACGUCCCAACAACGGUCGGCACCCACGAGAUGUUUUGGACCUUUUCAAUCGCUGGAAAGAGUGUCACACAGUCCUUCGUGCUGGUGGGCUCCGUGAAGGACCCGCGCGUCGGGACGGACCGGCCCAGCGUCAACUUCGGCCGGCUGCUGGUGGGCGGCAAGGCGACGGAGGUGUUCAAUAUCGUGAACAAGGAGCACAUUCCGUUCAGCUUCUCGUUGGCGACCUCCUGUCAGUCGGAAAGUCAUGCUGCGGCACUCAGUGUCUCGCCGAUGAGCGGCGUGGUCGGUCCAGGCAACAGCUUUCCAAUCCAGGUGACGUUCGCUCCGACGGAAGAAGUGUUCUAUAACUUCAACAUUAUCGACCAAGCAUCAAGCGACGGGAAAAGCCGAUCGUAUUGA